GAGAAACGGUUGGAUUGUGCUGCGCAAAUGGAAAAGUCAAACUGGAUCCUUUACUUACACCACCACAGCCACUGAAAACAUUGUUUGAUGGAAGUGAUCCCGAUUCAAGCCAUUUUCUUAAACACAUCCUUGAAUACAAUAACUGCUUUCGCAUGACUUCCUUUGGAGCUAAUAUCAUUCGAGAAGGCGGCUUCAUGCCGACUUGCAAGAUACAAGGUCAAAUAUAUCAUUUGCAUGGUUCAAUGGUGCCAACCACACCAGAUGAACCGCAUCAAUUUCUGCAAAUAUAUUUCAUUUCGUCGAUGGUGGAUCAGCUGAACGUGCGGUGCAAUAUACAGGGAGCACAACAGUUAAAGAGACGAAUUAUUGAACAGUUGCAAGCAUUUUUUCACGCUAAUAAUGCUGUGGUUAAUAUGUUCAAAACAGCAUUGGAACGAAUGCCAUCGGAUACGCACAAAUUUGUCAUAAGAGCGGAUUGUACUCUGUCGCCGCCACGACGGUAGAUAAGCCGUAGGCGCACAUCACCGAACGACACACACACACACACACACACGCACACAUAUAUCAUUGUUAUUUAUAUUAUUGUUUAUUUAUGUUAAAAUUGUGUCAGCUGUGAAUUAUAUAAUAUGUAGAUAAUGAGCGGUCGGCCGUCGACGUCAAGAGUUAGCACGGCCGCCGGAAUCUUCAGUCCUGUUUCUCGGAGUGUAAUCGAAACACGCAUUAUUAUUACGUGCGCAAAUCGCCGUUUCGUUUUGAAAUAUUAUAUAGCCCUUAUUUUUGUAGGCACGAAUUGCCAAUAUUAUAUUAUUGUUAUUGCGGGCGCAAAUCGCCACAGUUUUGCAUA